UAGUUGUAAUAAUACUUCGUCUAUAGCAAAGUUUAUUAGCUAAUUUAACUCCAAAACACUUCACCACCACCAUGGAUUCCGAUUAUGAAUUUCUAGAAUCUGUUCAAGAAUACCUUCUUGGACAUGAUUCCAACAACACGGUUGACCUUUUUGACCAUAAUACCCUCCAAUCUCCCUCGCACAACCCCUUACCAAACCCUAAAUCCGAUAUACUUCAAGAACAAGAAAGAGAUACAAAUGAAAAUGAACAUGCGCCUCCAACAUGGAAGCGUUAUAGAGGCGUGAGGCGGCGGCCGUGGGGGAAGUUCGCCGCGGAGAUAAGGGAUCCGAAGAAGAACGGAGCUAGGGUUUGGCUUGGAACUUAUGAGAAGGAAGAAGAAGCUGCUUUGGCAUAUGAUAGAGCUGCUUUUAAAUUGCGUGGUCAAAAAGCUAAGCUCAAUUUUCCUAAUCUUUUUGGCUCUGAUUCUGAAAAUGUAUCCUUAGAAAUAAUAGAGCCAAUCAUAAAGAUCACAACUUGUAAGGAGAAUUUCUCAGAUUCUUCAUCAUCAUCAUCAUCAUCAUCACUUGCAGGGUCAAAGAGAAAGAGGAACUUAACUCAUUUACUAAAUCAACUAGCCAAAAAUAAGAGCCAAGCCAAAGUUUAUGUAGGAGGAAAUUAAAUUAUUCCUGAUCAAUGGCUUAAUGAAUUGAUGAGGAUGAUUAAUAUAUUUCUAUUUAUAUGUUUUUAUAUAA